AUGACUGUACCCAACGAGAGUUCCGAGGAUGUCAAUGAUUUCCUUCAGCGAAUCCGGGAACUAGGCGAGCGCCGCGACAAGGAAGAUGACGAGCGCACCAAGAAACUAGAGGAGGAGAUCCUGCAGGGUCGGAAGGAAAGGCAAGCCCGGAGAGCUGAGCGUGCACGAUCACUGGCCCUUACCGACGAUUCACCCACCCUCAACGUUGCGCGACUCAGCUCCUCAUCUAUCAGCCCCCGGCCCAUCGACCCCCCGGAACACCUCGAGCCAACACCGCAAAAACCACAAACGCUAGCACCUGAGCCAACCCCGUGCGCUGUGGAUUCGAGCCAAGAUAUGGAGACCUCUGACACCGACAAGCGGCGUGGAUCGGUCCCGGAUCUCGGAAUUGAUUCUCCCACGCGGACCCGGGCACCCUUGUCCCGCAGUCGCGCCGGGACUUUGUCAUGGCAGCAACGCCCCUCCUCGCGAGAUUUCGCCGUGUCGCCCAGUUCAACAUCCCCAACUCGCUCCCCAACUCGCGCAAGCCACCUGAGAAAUUUGUCUACGGCAUCGGAUGAGAAUACACUAUCUCGACUCCAAUUUGGGUUCCCGCGACCAUCCAAGGAUGCUCCUGUGCCCCCUCCAUCACCGGAGCGCGGGGCUGGGUCACUAGCGCACAGUGGGAAGGAAGAACAGACGAAUAGCCAAAAAGACGUGGGCGUGGGGCAUCAAGAGCCGGAAGUGGGCGAAGAGGCAAAUACCGAACUAGAUAAACUUGACGCAGUAGAAGAGAGAUCAUCGUCGCCUCCGAGAACCGGUUCUCGCGAUAGCAACAUGAGCCAUCGCUUCUCAGUAUCGUCGGUUUCGGCGACUGGGUUGGGAUCGCCAGUGCACUUGUCAGAGACUCCGAAGCUCGAGGCUCGACAGAAUGAUUCCUCCUUCGAGGAACCUGUGUCGCCGUCUCCAACCCAGCGGCGGAUGUCACCAGAGCGAGCGCGGUCGACCUCACCCACCAAGGGCCUGGGAGGCUUUGUUCAGAGUGCUAUGAUGAGAAGAUCAGAUAGUGUGUCAAAAAGGUGGAGUGCGCAAGUUCCGCAGGGGCUCGGGCGGUCAAAUUCCAUUGUGUCAAAUCGCAGCAGUGUGGCAGGUCCAGGUUUGGGUGAAAUGACCCCUCCAACUCUUGGGCGACCUUCAACUCUCCUGCAACGACCAGGCUCCAGCCACAGUGAGGCAGCCACUGCGACAACCGAACGACCAACUACACCUGCGGAUAGAGACAGUGUGAAUUUUGAAAGCAGUCCAGGAAAAUCAUUCAGAACUGGUCACUCUCGUUCUGCUAGCUCUGCUACCGCAGAAGGCAGCGACACCCAAGGUCCGUUUGUCUCAAAAACCAUGGACCCCAGGCGCUGGAGCCCCAACAAGGCUUCUUGGUUAGAGAGUGCCCUCAACCGACCAGAGCUACCUCGACAAACCACCAGACCCCCUUCUCAGCCCAACUGGGCUAAAGACCGGCAGUCACGAGGUAGCGUGGAUUUGGGACGAGUAAACAAUUUCAAGGAGGUCACCCCUCUGGGUUUGAUGCGAACGCCCCCUCCAGGAACCCAAACGAAACUACCUGGUGUCUCUGGUCCAUCACUUCCUACAAGCCCCAUCAAGGAUGGUGUCCCUGAGUCUCCAUUAGGAUUCCCUCUGAAGAAAAUUGGUGUCUCUGGCCCAUCCCUUCCUACAAGCCCCAUUAAAGAUGCCGUUCCUGAAUCUCCAUCUGGAUUCCCUCUGAAGAAAAUCGGUGUCUCCGGUCCGUCGCUUCCUGCGAGCCCUGCGAAGGAGACAAUUCCUGAUUCUCCAUCUGGAUUCCCAUUCAAAAAGCCAAGCAUCCCUAGUUCAUCACUUCACAGGAACUCCGUCUCAGAUCCUCCUUCGGAAUUCCCUUUGAAGAGGCCUGGUACUGCUGGAGGGUCAGUGAGCGGAAGCCCUGAAGGCAAGCUCGAAGAAACAGUACCCGAGUCUCCCUCCCCUUUGAAGAAGCCCAUCAGCUCGGGUUCAUCACUCCACAGGAACUCCGUCUCAGAGCCUCCGGCAGAAUUCCCACCCAAGAGGCCCAGUGGCUCCAGUCCCUCAGUUUCUGGAAGGCUUGGCAAAGAGACCGUUCCUGAAUCUCCAUCGGAGUUCUCAUUCAAGAAACCCAGUGUCUCUAGUCCCUCGGUGCCUGGGACCCCCGAAGCCAAAUCGAAGGAGAUAACCCCACAAUCUCCGUCGGUUCUCGGUAGCCCUGACGCCGGACAAACAAAAGGGGAAACGCCAGCUUCUCCAACGCCUGUCGAGGAAGCUCUCAAUGCCUUAUCAGGCGGUGCACCGGCGGAGGAACCUAAGUCUGCCUCUCCCGCUGAAAUGGAAAAUGAAUCGCAAGAACCACCGGCGUCUGAAGAGUCCGAGCCUCAAUCUACUCCCACUCGCAGGGCCCCUCCCGACUCGUUGAGCCCCAAGCCAAACUUUUCCAUCUCUACUUCCUCGCGGGGGCCCAUCUCACCGAAGGCGAAGCCACAGUCUCCUGUGGUGGACUUCCGAGCAAACCUACGUAAAAGAGAAGUGGUCAAAGACACCGGAGAUACCAAAGAACCCGAAUUUAAAAAUGUAUUUGGUCGCCUCAAAAAGACCGAAACUCGCAACUACGUUGCCCCUGAUGAGCUCAAGGGCAAUAUCCUACGAGGCAAAGCUGCUUUGAACAUCACCGGCGGACCAAAGAAGACAGAGCGAGUCGAUGAAUUUAGGAAGAGCCUUGUCUCACGCAAAGAUGAAAUGAAAGCCGGCGGAGGCUCCAUCAGACGGAAUACCGCUGGAGAGCAGGAUGCGCCAAAACCGGCCGAGGUCGUACCAGAAGCAAUUGCUAUGCGACAAAAUAUGACCCGGGCAAACAGCAUCAAGCAGCCACCUGUAGAUGAGCUGAUAUCGCCUACUAAAAGCAUCAGUUCUCGGGCUUCGCAGGACAGACCACCAUUGUCGUCUCCGAAUUCAUCUUUCAAGAGCAUCGUUCCAUCGCGAGCUUCUCAGGAACAACCACCAUUGCCGACAUCUCCCGCCAAUGAUGAGCCGGGCUGGCCCUUGAAAGAUACCAAUGCCUCGCGUGCAUCUCAAGAAUCACAGCCAUUGUCACCGUUCCCUGCCGAUGAUCCCAUUGACGAACCAGAGGAGGCUACCCCGGCGGCGAGCGACUACAAGCAAACACCCGAAGCGAUAUCUUCAGAGAAACAGGAGGAAACACGCGAAGCCGUGGCACCAAUCGAGCCGAGCAUAGUGAAGAUGCAGGAGCCUUCAGUCAAGACACUCCGCCCAGUUCGUCAAUGGCCACCGGCGCCUGUCGAGGAGGCCACUAGGACUUCAAGUCCGGCAGCUAAAAGCAAAUUGGCGGGCCGAAUCAACCCUGCACUAGCUGGCCUGCUUUCUCGUGGCGCGCCCGCCGGUGACGGACCGAACAAGCAGCUGCCAAUCCCCGUCUCAGCGCAGAGUGACCCUGCCUCGCCAUCUGCGCCUCUCACCCACAUGACAAAGGGUCGUGCUAGAGGCCCGAGGAGACGACUUCCCCAGACAACCGAUGCCUCGACCCCGUCCGCUCGGGAUGAUACUAAGGAGGUUGGUGCUAUUUCAUGCUCUGAAGCCACCCCAUCCCAGACUCCUACAAUCCCUGUUGAAUCCUUGGAGAUCGAUUCGAAGUACCUGUCGCAGCCUGAUGAAAACCCUGUUCCUGACAUCAAAAGCCCCCGUUCAGACAGUACAGUCACCGAGCAACUUCCGGAGGUAACCACUCCUCCCCAGGAUAAACGCGAUACGCCCGAAAGCGGAAUCCCGCAAGCACUUCAGACAAGGUCCCUGCCAACGGAUUUCGACAUUUUCCCCUCCGCCGAUCUUGAGACGACACCCAGGGACCCCGAAAGCCCUGGAGAGGUGAGUCCAUCAGGCGGACCGCCUGUCCCGCCGAAGUCCGAUUCUCCCUCGUCCCCCCUGCCUGCAACGCCAAAGCCACAAUGGGCCCAGCAAAACCGGUUUGCGUCCUCAUCGCCGUCCCCUCUCCGAACAAGUCACAAAGAGAACCAAAUGGAUUCACCCAUGAGUCAGGAGAAGAGCAUCCCAGGUGUUACCGUCGAGUCAGCACGCAGUUCCAUCUCACGGCCCAUGAGCCAUCCCUCCCCGCCAGUACCCCCUAAAGAUGGUGAUGUUAUGCUACACAAGCCAACCGAUCCACGCAGACUCUCGAGGAAGAUGUCUGCCCCAUCACUGGUUGCGCAAGCCAGUGAGGCACGUGAGGUAAUUGCGGGCUUCUUCAAGACAUUCCCCCAUGCUCGAAACCGGAUGGACAUAGAUCCUCAGCUAAUGCUGAUGCGUAAACCGGACGAUGUAAAGAUCAGGACCAUGAAGCUACAGAUCUGGGAGCUUACAGACGACGGGAGACGUCAGGAACUUCCUUCCCACCAGGAGUACAUCCUAUACCAAGGCAGCAUGUAUCUCUGCGUGCACACAUUCGAGACCGGACGAAGUAGCACCUCGGAAGUAUACCUUUGGCGAGGAGACGACGUUUCCGAGUCCUCGGUGGAGAAUGAACAGCCGUUCGCACGCAAAGUCGCUCGUGAGAAGGGCUCCAAGUUGCAAGUCAUUCGACAAGGCAAUGAGCCCACCCGGUUCAUCCAAGCGCUUGGCGGCAUUAUGAUCACGCGUCGGGGAUCCAGCUCUCGCCACAAUUCCUCAGCUCUCUACAUGCUUUGUGGCCGGAAACACUUGGGCGAGAUGACCUUCGAUGAAGUGGACUAUUCACUGCGCAAUCUCUGUUCUGGGUUCCCUUACGUUGUCUCUGCUCCCUUUGGCAAGCUCUACCUAUGGAAGGGCAAAGGUAGUGGCCCUGAAGAAACCGGUGCAGCCCGACUUAUCGGCAUGGACCUAGGUCUGACUGGAGAGUUUGAAGAAGUCACCGAGGGUGAAGAGCCCGAAGAUUUCUUCGAUGUGUUCGCAGGCCCCAAAGAAGCUGCACCGCACAUGUGCCAAGAUCACUGGCAGCUCAAGCCGAAGUACAACCACUACCGCACGCGACUUCUCCGGGUCGACCACGAACUGAACCCGCCAACUCGUUUCUGGAAUAUCCGCCGUCCGGGCUCAAGUUCGCCAGUGGUCAAGGCCAAUGAUUGCGUCCAAGAAAUUGAGCCAUUCUGCUACCGAGACAUCACCGAGAAAGACGUCUACGUUCUGGACACCUUCUUCGAGAUCUACGUUAUUAUCGGCGAACAAGCCUCACAGAAGUCUGCCGAUUUCGCCUCGGCGGUGGUCUUCGCGCACGAAUAUGGCAUCCUUGCCACAUCCCUCCAGGACCGACCAUUCAUCCCCAAGAGCUUCGUGGCCCUCGGUGGCGUCCCCGACCGCUGCCAAAGCGCAUUCCGCAAAUGGAACCCACGCACGCAGCAUGCACCUUUCGUGUUCUCUCUUGAUGUUGUUAUCGAGGCGAUCCGAUCACCAGAGAAUUGA